AUGUCUUCCCCGCGUACGGCGUGGUCGCUCGUCCAAGGUGUGCAUGUGGGUGCCGAGGCUUCAUCUGACUUCGCGCGACGUGAAAAAGAGACGCCACUCAGUCACCAGCCACUCGGGCGCCACACGUCCAAGCGUUGUAAUGCCGACAAUCUGCCAUCCUGGUGGGUAGCCUGCAUCGGGCUGCACUGCGCCUGCGAUGGCGAACCAUGGGCCCUGGCGAACUCUCUCGACGUGUUCAUCGCGCUGCGGAGAGAAGCAUCGGAGAAGCGGUGCACGCGAAGUUCACCAUGA